CAUAUGGGCAUCCGGGCUGUGGCACAGUGUCGCGUCGCAACGGACCAUGUAAACAUGGACCAGGAACAGAGAAUGCAAGAGAUUCACAUCUUAGACAUGACUUAUCAAGACACCAUGCAUCAGACAGACCUCGUGGUCAAGGAUGAGGAGGCGCGACGCCUGAAGCUGCGCGUUGUGGUCCUCCAGGACGAGGUGGCCGCGUUACGGGAUCAGCUCACGAACAAAAUCAGCCAGAUCAGCCAUCUGUCAGAAAAAUAUGAUGAGAUAUACGUCCACCUUGAUCACAUGAACCAAACAUGCAUCAGCCAGGAGGCGCAACUGCGGUCGCAAACGCGACAGCAGUCAGAACUAAAGGCUGAAUUACUAUGUGCGAGCAAUAUGUCCGACAAUACGGCCAAAACUCUAGCAGAGAAACUCGCCCUCUCUCGCGAAUUGGCCGUACUGAAACCCGAGAUCGACCAUCUGCGCUCCCAACUAUCCCACCAAAAAGAUGUUCUGGCCGAGAAGCUGGCACUCGAGCGCCAGCUCAACACUCUCGAAGUUGAACUUGCCAACGAGAAGCGCGCAACCCAAAAGGCACUUCAGCGCAACGGUAGCCAGGACCGUGAAGUCGAGGACGAACUCCGAUUACGCGUGGCCGAGUUGGAGGAAAAACUCGCGACAGAGCAGAGGGCCGCCGAGAAGGCUAAUAAAACCCAGAGCAAGGCACAAAGCAGCGCAGAAGACAAGCUGCGACAGCAGGUCGGCGAUCUGGAGAAGAAGCUAGCAGAUGAACAGAAGGCUUCUGACAAGGCCAACAAGAUGCAUCAGAAAGUGCAGAGCGAUGUCGAGGGGGACCUUCGACAGCAGAUGCUGACACAGCGCAUCGAGGAGUUCAAGGGCAAACUGCGUGAGACGCGUGGUGAGCUCAAGGAAGCCCGCGCCGAGCUGACCCAAACUCGCACGACAACGACGAAUGUGCCAAUCAAGGCCGACGACGAGCCAAAGAAGCCCCUGAGCAAGGCACAGGCCGGAAAGAAGCGGCGGGUGAACGAGAUCAGCGUGGACGACAUGAUGCUGGAUACUCCCGGCCACCUGGAGGGAAAGACGAAGCGCCCCCUUAAGAAGAGAGCAGCAGGUCUUGAGCUCACCACGCUUGGCGAGAAGUCUACAUUCUCCAUCACGCCCUUCCUCAACAAAUCGAACACUAUCACCCUGAGCGAGACCAUAGAAGAGGAGGCGGAAGAGCCUUCUAUCCUCGAGGGCAAAGGCGACCCGGCUGCGCCGAUCAUUGAGCCCGAGGCUGAGCUGGCGGAGGAAGUCUUCAUUGCUGACAAGCAGCCCGCCAAAUCAGUGGCCAAGGCUCUCAAGGCAAGCAAGCCCAAGCCGUCAGCAGCGGAUCAGAAGAAAGCACGCGGUAGGCCCAAGGCGCCGGCCUUGGCGGAAGCAUCGCCCAACAAGCCUGUUGCCACAAGCAGCUCUUCCACACUCGACAAGAUUACCGAAGAGACGGAGGCAACCGAGAAGGAAAAUGCCUCGACAGAGGAUGUGAACGCUAGUAAGAAGCCGUUGCCGACCGUUACCAGCUCUGCAGACACGUCGAAUGCCAGUUCGCAUAACCCGGAGCCCAAGAAGAAGAAGCGCAAGCUCCUCGGGGCCAGUAACAAGGGGACGCUAUUCGACAAGGAUGAGGACGCAGGUGAGGCAGAUCCCUCUGUGCCUACGGUAGCGACCGCCACGACCAAGCGGAAACCCAUGGGCAUCAAGGCUGCGAGAAAAGGCCCGGUGGCUUCUCUGGCGCGGGGAGCGUUUCCGCGCAAGUCGUUUUCGCCGCUGAAGAAGGAUCGAAGGGGCGUGGGGGCCAGCUUUUUGGCUUGAUUUACCUUGCAUGGUUGUGAUCGCUGCGCGAUGUACACAUUGUAGCCGGGAAAGUUGUAGUGGACAGCGACAGCUAAACUGUCGAGAACUUGCAUUUACUGCAUCGACCUGGUGUUCAUGAUUGCUUUGCUCUUUUGUCUUUUUCCAUGGGAGAAAUGCAAUGGCGUUCAGGAACAGAGGUUUCAGGAAUACGGCGAAAGGUUUUGUGGGAUGUUUGACCCUGGACCCGAUAAACACGUUCUUUAGUCUCGCCCUUGGACAAUACGGAAUUGAUCAUUCUGCUAUAU